AUGCAGUGGGUGAAGGUGCUUGGGGUGGUGGUGGGGGCUGCUGCCCUCUUGGCAGUGGGCAUCAUCCUGGGCCACUAUGCCAUCUCCAAAGGGGCUGACUCGACAGCUUCCAGCAUCUCAGCCUCCCAGGACCUGGACCUGGAGAUCCUUGAGACCGUUAUGGGACAGCUGGAUGCCAGCAGGAUCCGGGAGAAUCUUCGAGAACUCUCCAGAGAGCCACACCUGUCCUCCACGCCCCGCGAUGAGGCGCUGGUGCAGCUGCUGCUGCAGCGCUGGCAGGACGAGGAGUCAGGCCUGGACUUGGCCAAGACCUUCAAGUACGAAGUGCUGCUGUCCCUCCCCAGCGAGGAGCAGCCCAACAGCGUGACCGUUGUGGGUCCCACUGGGGACAUCCUCUUCUCCUGCCGCCAGAGUGAGGAGAACCUGACUGGGGAGCAGGCGGGUCCCGAUGUGGUGCCACCCUACGCUGCCUACGCUCCCCCCGGAACCCCACAGGGCCUCCUCGUCUACGCCAACCAGGGCUCAGAAGACGACUUCGAGGAGCUACAGACUCAGGGCAUCAGUCUCGAGGGCACCAUCGCCCUGACCCGCUAUGGGGGUGUAGGGCGUGGGGACAAGGCUGUGAAUGCCGCAAAGCACGGGGUGGCUGGGGUGCUGGUGUACACGGACCCUGGCGACAUCAAUGACGGGCAGAGCUUGCCCAACCAGACCUUCCCGUACUCCUGGGGCCUGCCUCCCUCGGGGGUGGAGCGAGGCUCCUACUUCCAGUAUUUUGGGGACCCCCUGACUCCCUACCUUCCAGCCAACCCCUCCUCCUUCCGCCUGGACCCUGCCAAUGCCACCGGAUUUCCCCCAAUUCCCACUCAGCCCAUUGGCUUCGAGGAUGCAAAAGUUCUUCUCUGUAACCUCCAGGGAAACUCGGCCCCGGCUACCUGGCAGGGAGCACUGGGCUGUGAGUACAGGUUGGGGCCCGGCUUCCGGUCUGAUGGCGACUUCCCAGCAGACAGCCAGGUGAACGUGAGCGUCUACAACCGCCUGGAGCUGCGGAACGCCUCCAACGUCGUGGGGAUCAUCCGCGGGGCUGUAGAGCCUGACCGCUAUGUGUUCUAUGGAAACCACCGGGACAGCUGGGUACACGGGGCUGUGGACCCCAGCAGCGGCACUGCUGUCCUCCUGGAGGUCACCCGCGCCCUGGGGACCCUGCUGAAGAAGGGCACCUGGCGUCCCCGCAGAUCAGUCAUAUUCGGAAGCUGGGGCGCAGAGGAGUUUGGGCUCAUUGGCUCCACAGAAUUCACGGAGGAGUUGUUUAGCAAGCUGCAGGAGCGCACCGUGGCCUACAUCAACGUGGACAUCUCGGUGUUUGCCAACGUCUCCUUCAGGGGCCAGGGGACGCCCCCGGUCCAGAGCGUUAUCUUCACCGCAGCCAAACAGAUCUCCGCACCAGGCCACAGCAACCUCAGCAUCUACGACAACUGGAUCCGAUAUUACAACCGUAGCAGCCCGGUGUACGGCGUGAUCCCCAGGAUGGGCACCCUGGCUGCUGGCAGCGACUACGCACCCUUCAUCCACUUCCUGGGCAUCUCCUCCAUGGACCUCGCCUACACCUAUGACCGGAGCAAGACCUCAGCCCGGAUCUACCCCACCUACCACACAGCCUUCGACACCUUUGGUUACGUGGAGAACUUUGUGGACCCUGGCUUCAGCAGCCACCAGGCCGUGGCCCGGAUGGUGGGGAAUGUACUUCUUCGGCUCAGUGACAGUCUCUUCCUGCCUCUCAACAUCACUGACUACAGCGAGACCCUCCACAGCUUCCUGCAGGCUGCCCAGGAGGACUUUGGGGACCUGUUGCAGCAGAACGGCAUCAGCCUGGAGCCUCUGGUGACCGCAGUGGACAAGUUCCAGGGGGCAGCCGCGGACUUGGAUGAACAGAUAUCAGAGCUGCAGAAGGGCACCCCCGACCCCCUGCAGGUCCGGAUGAUCAAUGACCAGCUGAUGCUCUUGGAACGGUCCUUCCUGAACCCGCAAGCCUUCCCAGAAGAACGCUACUACAGCCACGUGCUCUGGGCACCCCUCACCAGCUCCAUAACCACGUUCCCGGGCCUGGCCAUUGCCUACUCCACAGCCAUGAACACAGACCCCGGAUCUGCAGCCUGGGCUGAGGUGCAGAGGCAGCUCAGCAUUGUGGUGGCAGCUGUGGAGGCUGCAGCAGCCACCCUGAGGCCUGUGGCUGACCUCUGACCCCAGCCCUCAUUCUUCAGCCCCCCCCCUUUAUCCUAAUCCCCUCC